GUGAUUUUUGAUACACUGGUUUGUUGUUUUGAGCCGUUGCUUCUAUUCCUGAGACUCUUGAUCUCUGACCAUCGCGUGCUCAUUACUGACAUUUAUAGAAGGUUAAUAUUAAAGCCUUAUCCAGCCAGUCCAUGGCCCAUCAGUAUGAAUAUGUCAGUCUCAGUCGUCCUUCAGCAGAGCCUGCAGCAGAUGCACACAGCUGGUUCCCUGGACCCCCUCCACCCAUGUAUUCCUGCACCCUGACCCCAGAACUGGAGGCCAAAGCACGGGAGGAGCUCCAGGAGAAACCCGAGUGGCGUCUUAGAGAUGUCCAAGCACUCAGAGACAUGAUUCUUAAGGAACAGCCCAAUCUCAGAACCCGACUGGAUGAUGCCUUCCUGCUGCGCUUCCUUCGGGCCAGGAAGUUUGACUACGACCGUGCCCUCCAGCUGCUGCUCAACUAUCACGCAGGUCGUAAGACCUGGCCCGAGGUGUUCCAGGACCUAAAGCCGUCCACGGUAAAGCACGUCCUGGACCUGGGAUUCCUCACAGUUCUACCACGGCCAGACCCCAACGGGAGAUACAUCCUCUGUCUCCGGCCGGGGAAAUGGAAACCAAACGAUUAUCCAUUUGUUGACAAUGUGAGGGCCAUGUAUCUGACUCUGGAGAAGCUGAUCCAGCCAGAAGAAACGCAGGUGAACGGUAUUGUCAUCUUGGCUGACUACACUGGAGUGGGCAUGUCGCAAGCAUCCAACCCAGGCCCAUUUCUGGCCAAAAAAGUUGUGAGCAUCCUCCAGGAUGGCUUUCCAAUCAGAAUCAAGGCUGUUAACAUAAUCAACGAGCCCAGGAUUUUCAAAGGCAUCUUUGCUAUAAUCAAGCCGUUCCUGAAGGAGAAGAUGGCAGAGAGGUACAUCCUCCACGGCUCAGAUCUGCGCUCUCUACACCGGAACAUCCCGCCAUCGGUUUUACCGCAGGAAUACGGCGGCGCUGCCGGACGGCUGGACAUGAGCGCGUGGUCUCGACUGCUGCUGGACUGUGAGGAGGAAUUUCUGGUGGAGUUCUGCCAACCUGAUCCACUAGAGGGCGUGGAGCUUCCAGACUCCACGCUGUUUGAGGGCGAGCAGGCCAGCGGAAAGGAUGACGACACCUUCAGGGGUCUGCGCUCUCAACUUUAUUACUGUUACUGAUGCACACACACUCCCAUCACUGACGGGACAUCUUCUGUUUCAUCUGAAACAUGUAGACUUAGAGGGCAAGUUGCCAAUAUUCUACUUUAUUUAUGUUACUAACUCAGCACGACUCAGUCAGUAACCCAACGUUUAGUCAGAGGUCCGCAGCAGCUCCAGGCUCUCUGGUAGAGGAUUUGGACUGUGCAUGUUCAGCCAUGAUUGUUGCGUUCUCUGGGUGUAUUAUUUCUGGUGUUCAAUGGUCAUAUGUUGACUUCAACAGGUUUGUCUUGCUUAAAUCCUCCAAAAAUCCACAGAAAACUUUCUCACUAUGCUUCUAACAUAAGAUUGUUCAGCUUCAGCUUUAUAGGGGCCAGUCAGAUUAACCUGGUGUCUGUUUUUAAUACAUGAGAAAUGUGCUGUUUUUUAUGUUAUAAGCUCUGAGCUGCAGGUUAACACAAAAACUUUUGAACUUACUCCAUGAAAUCAGCUAUUGGAAGCAGCUAACUGCUCAUAUUAGCUUCAGCUGAACUGUGGAGUAUACAACCCCACAGUUCAGCUGAAAACAGACAGUUUUUGUGUUUGUGACCAUCUAAAACUUUGCCUUAAACUGUAUGAAUUAUCUGACUUAUGUUGCAGAUCUGACCAGGGCUGCUUUUACAGACUGAAAGGAGGCAGAAAUAAUAAACGUAGAGAUAAAGUUCAGUUCAGCUGAUUAUUAGCUGUCAGAAUGUUUUGUUUUUUUUAAAGCUGUUGUUUUGUCAGUUUUUUUUCUGGCUUGAAUCUUGUACAUGUGGGUUAUCUGCCUUAUGUUUUAUUUAUUUUAUUUGUUUUUUGCCUGUGUUUCAUCACCCAGUCUUAAUAACUGAUCACAGGAGUUGCAUGUGGAGUAAAACUUUAGAAACAUCUGCUUUGCCAAAUUACACACCAAGCCAUGUACAGAAUAUAAAAUAUGCAUAAUGUUUCAUCUGUUUUCUUGCGCUAGCCCCAAAAGUAACUGAAGAGCACGAGUUGAUUCUUUUAUAUUUUUAUUCCAGCCAUGUCUGUGACCAUAAGCUGUAUUUGUGUUGCAGGAUAUUUGUUGUUUAUAGUGAAGUUGAAGUAAAGAUGAAAUACUCAAAGUCCUA